AUGACAUCUUCAGUUCGUUGCUAUCAAUUGGAUCAAUCAGAAUAUAUUCAUUUAUUUUCAUCACAAUUAAUCUAUCUCUUUUCAUUAUUUAACGAGUAUGAUUAUUCGAUUCGUAUUAUUGGUGGAGCAGUUCGAGAUAUUUUACUUGGUACUACGCCACAUGAUAUUGAUUUAGCAACAACAGCAACAACAAAUGAUAUACUACGAUUAAUUCAAGGUGAUUCAAAUAUUGAACUUGUUUAUACACGUGCUGAACAUUUUGGAACAUUAACACUUAUUGUUGGUACAACUGUACGAAAUACAUUUCAAGUAACAACUCUUAAACGAUCUAUUACUCGUCAUGGUCGAGAUGUACAUGUUGAAUUUACUGAUAAUUGGAGUAUUGAUGCACAACAGCGAGAUUUAACAAUUAAUAGUUUAUCAAUGGAUAAAGAUGGAAUUAUAUAUGAUUAUACAAAUGGAAUUGAUGAUCUUAAACUAAACCGUAUUCGUUUUAAUGGAAAUAUUAUUCAACGAUUACAAGAAAAUCCUAUUCGUGGUUUACGUUAUUUUCGAUUCUUUGGUGUGCUCUCAUCUGAUGCUUAUGUACAUGAACCUAAUAUUUUAGAAGCUAUUCGUACAUCUGCUACAGCUUUAAAAGAUGUGCCUGGAGAAAAGAUUUGGAGUGAAUUAGAACUUAUUCUUCGUGGUCGUUUUGCUGGACAUGUUAUGAGAACAAUUCUUGAACAACAAUUUGCCCCACUAUUGGGUUUACCAGACUCAUCUGUAGAAAUGUAUGAAUUAGAAAAUCGAUGGUUAAGAUGUAUGAAUUAUCAACCAGAACCUAUGACAUUACUGAUUACACUUUUUGAUAAUCAAGAUGAAUUUGAUAUAUUUUGUAAACGUAUAAAAUGUUCAACACGUCAAAAAAAACUUGGUGAAUUUUUACUUGAUUAUCGUUAUUCAAUUCAACCAUCAAAUAAUCAUGAUUUACUUGAUACAUAUAAAGAAUUUUUGAUCGAUAGUCAUUCAACUCAACAAGAUAUUCUAUAUGAAUACAUCAUUGAAUUACUUAAAUAUCAAGGUUAUAUUGAUUUAAUUGAUGAUAUAAAACAAUGGUCGAUACCUAAAUUUCCAAUAGAUAUAUGGGAUUUACAACAGAAUGGUUUAAUAUCUAAAUAUCAUUUUUCUCAUUUUCUACGACAAUUAAAAGAACAAUGGAAAUUAAGUCAAUAUAUGAUGACAAAAGAGGAACUUAUUGAGUAUGGUUUUCAAUCCGGUUUAUUUUAUACAUGA